AUGGCAGGGCCAGCUCGCAAGCGCACCCAUACUCCUGGCCCCACGACGCCCCCCCCCCCAAAGCGCUCACGCAAUGCCCGAGUGGAGGAAACCCCAGAUCCAAACUCCACCCAGGAGCCAGACCCCAAAAAGAAAAAGCAGCCUGUUUCAAAACCUACCAUUAAGCCUGAUUACGCACCCAAUCAUCUCCGCAAGUUCAUGCAAAGCUCUAAGUCGAUUGAAGAAUGGAGCGCGCGCGUGCCGCUUUACUGGGCCCAAGUAUUCUUCGUGCGCGCCGGGUUUCUUCAAGCCCCUAUACGCGCCCUCUUUAAGCAACUCCUGCCCGCCGAAGAGUUGUUUGCCAAAGCCGAACUUGAUCUUCUUGGCGACUUCCAGGCUGCGCACGAUAAGGUUUUAAACCAUCUGGUCAAAAAGGUCAAGCAAUACGCCCAAAUCUUCCAGGAAAGCCCCCUCCUGGAAGACUAUCUUAAACGACGGUCCCUUGCAGAAACUGCGCAUAGGGUUCGCCCCUCCCCACCUUUGGCGGACGUUACCGCUUUUGGGAUGACGGAGCUCAUUGAAAUCCACACGCCCCUACUGAUAGGCGUGCCCACGGUGAAAGCUCCGCCUGGCCAUAUUGGCUGGCUCGAAGAUGAUACGGAUGAAUACUGGGAAAAGACCCUGCGCGAUAGAUUUUGCGUCGCUGUGGGCAAAGCUCUCCAUCAGUGCGGCACAGACCCCAUCAGCGACCUGGGCGAUAAUUACAUAGCGACUAUCUUCAAGGACAUAACUCCUGCCACCAAUUCCCCCCUUAUAUGGCCUCCGCCAAUUCCCUCCACCCCCAUCAAAGACCGUCCAACCGCCUUACUACUGCCAUAUUGCCCCACGGAGAAUUCAUCGCAAAAUAGCGGCUACACGCCAGUUCUCCCCACUCCCCCAUCGCCGCCACAUGGAGGUUUACUCUCCAACUUUGACGACCCUAACUUUGACUUCACUGGCAUCGUGAAAGAUGCGGAGAAUGCUGUUUCGAGUACCAACCAACAGAUCGCAGAGGAUGUAAGCAAGUUCCGGGCUUUGCGCGCUAAAUCUGCGGACCUAGUGGACGCAGAUAUAUUUGCGCGCCCAGGAAAUCUUGACUCCGCCUGUGAUUACAAUGAAGAAACUCCACUCUCCAAUACCCUCGCCAAGAUAUACGCGCGCUCCAAUAUUUACAUGAAGCAUGAAAUUCAUCAGCGGGUAAUCCUCGACGAGUGCAACCGCAUGGAUACUAUCGCCUACGCUGCCCUACGCCGUAAGGAAUACCUGCUCACUGCUACUCGUAAACAGCACGCUCUUAUUGAGCAGUACAAAAGAAAAAGAGACAAGCUCUGUGAGCUGUACGGAGAAGAACCAUCACUCCUCGAAAAUUUGUCUAACGCAACGCAAGCCAUGAAAACUGAGAGAGCAUAUACUACGCGCGCGCGCGAUCAGUCCAAACAGCCAGCGCAACAGAUGCAGCAUCACUCCAACCCCUCAUGGCAAAACCACCCCGCCGAAGCUCCUGGCACCGCGCAACAAGCAAUGUCGCCCACCAGCGCCUUCUUCGGCAUUCCUCCUGCGUGCCUACCCACCGAGCAUAUUUUUAAAUCGCGCAAGGUAGCAAAAGCCCCGCCCGCAGAAUCCCAAGUGAGCUCGAGAGGUGACAUGGGCUCCCGAUAUCACCACACGGCGAACCCUUCUGCACCCCUUAAAACCAUGAGAAUAACCCCCGAGCGUAAAACGAGUGAGCACGCGCCGUCACCGCUAUCUACGCAAAUGGAUCCUCAAUCGCCCCGCGAAAACAUCACGCGCGCGGGGUCGAGAUAUUGGCCCCCUAAUAUGACCACUGCGUUUCGUGAGCCUUCAAGUGAAGCUUGUAGUGUCAUUGACCUUGAAGCCGAGGAUGUUGUCGAUUCUGGAGCGCCCCUCCCUACCCCCGCGCCCCUCUCUACCCCCGCGCCCCAGACUCCCCGCUAUGGCCCUAGACCGCAGAGCCAGGGCUUCGAGGAUAGGCAUAAAGGGCUCUAUACAAGGCAAACCUCCAGCAGGGCGGUUUUCCCACCUAAGCUUGAAGUGAUAAAUGAGAAUGAGGCAGGCUCCUCCCCCACCGUCCCCGAUACCCCCCAGCACGAGGACGUCAAUACCGAUGCGCGGCGCCCCACCCGAGGCUCAGCAGAAAUAUCACAGAAGACGACAGAUGUCGGCAAUUGGGUGAAUGCAAUCCCCUCGGACGGAGAUGUAGAAGGGGGGGCAGAAAGUCUAGAAGGGGGGGCAGACAAUCUAGAAGGCAGGGCAGAAAAUCUGCCAAAGCAGGAUUCUUGA